AUGGCGGAUAUUUUCUUGGCGAUGGUGGUUCUCCGAGAUCUGCAUCCUGAUCGGUCGAUUGAUGAGAGGCACAUAGAUCCUCGGAUUUGCGAGAAGAUUCUCUUGAUCACGAUUGUGCUCUCCACCGGAGUUCUUCUUCUGCGGCCAGCUCCUCCGGCGCUCAGCCUUGCUCCGCCGGCGACUCCAAGUUUUCCGGCCAAUUCUCAAGCUCUUGUUCAAGGUGGUCCAUUCAGAUUCCUGGUUAAGAAAAGGAACCUAAGAAUCCAAGACUAUAAGUCUGUGGAAGAGUAUAACUCAGUUAUGUUCAAGAUAGUCUCCAAGUUGAAAUUGUGUGGGGAGACUAUCACUGAUGCGGAUAUGCUGGAGAAGACAUUCUCCACAUUCCACACCAGCAAUAUGUUGCUUCAGCAACAGUAUCGAGAAAAAGGUUUCUCCACUUAUGUUGCCUUAAUCUCUUGUUUGUUGCUUUCUGAACAGAACAAUGAGUUGCUCAUGAUGAACAGUGAGCUAACGCCACCUGGUGCUAAAGCAUUGCCUGAGGCACAUGCGGCCAUAGAGCCAAAAGAUGAGACUCCAAGAGAGUCAUACCGUGGUCGUAUGAGAGACCGUGGAAGAUGGCAAGGAAGUAACCGCGGGUUUCAACCACGAGGUCGUGGGUUUCAGCCACGAGGACGUGGAUUCCAGCCACGAGACCAUCUUGGUCCUAGCCGAGGCCGAGGCUAUAGCCGAGGUCAUCAAGCUAGCCGUGGGUAUAAGUCCGACUUCAAAAUCCAUGGCUCGACCAAAUCUCCUUGCUAUCUUUGUGGGAUGACCAAUCAUUGGGCUAACCGAUGCAAGACUCCCCAACAUCUUGUUAAGCUCUACCAGGAGAGCAUGAAGGGAAAGAACCCUAUGGCAAAUUGGGUCCAGCAUGAUAAUGAGAAUGAUCUGGACCAUGAGAAUGAUGACCGUCUUGGAUUCGAGACUUCGGAUUGCCUUAAGGAGGCCAAUUAA